AUGAGCUACGCACAUUAUCAUAUGGGCUCUGGUAGUAGAACUGCUCGGAGAAGUUUGGAGUUUGGGAAAACACAUGUGGUGAGGCCAAAAGGAAAACACCAAGCCACUUUAGUUUGGCUGCAUGGCCUUGGUGACAAUGGUUUGAGCUCAUAUCAGCUGCUGGAAUCUCUUCCACUUCCAAAUAUAAAAUGGAUUUGCCCAACUGCUCCUACCCGCCCUGUAACCAUACUUGGUGGUUUUUCCUGCAGUGCAUGGUUUGACAUGGGAGAACUUUCAGAAGAUGGUCCACAUGAUUGGGAGGGUUUAGAUGCAUCAGCAGCACACAUUGCCAACUUGCUGUCAACAGAGCCAGCUGAUGUGAAAGUUGGAAUUGGAGGCUUCAGUAUGGGCGCUGCUGUAGCUCAAUAUUCUGCAACUUGUUUUGCAAUGGGAAGGUAUGGAAAUGGCAUUCCAUACCCUGUGAACUUAAGAGCAGUUGUUGGACUAAGUGGCUGGCUUCCAGGAUCAACGAGCUUAAGGAACAAAAUUGAAGUGUCACAUGAAGCUAGAAGAAGAGCUGCUUCAUUGCCUGUUUUGUUGAGCCAUGGAAUCAGUGAUGACGUAGUCCUCUACAAAUACGGAGAGAAAUCAGCUCAAUCCUUAAGUUCAGCAGGGUUUCGAUACAUUACAUUCAAAUCCUAUGAUGGGCUUGGUCAUUAUACUGUUCCUAGGGAGAUGGAUGAGGUCUGCAAUUGGCUUAACUCCAGGCUGGGGCUUGGGGGAUCCUCAUGA